GACCUUUAAGCUCUGGGACCCCUUGGGAACGCAGUUAGCUCUCACUUAACUGAGCACGCUUCGGAAGGAGUAUGGGGCCAACGUGCUUCCUGCAUUCCCCCCAAAGAAGCUCUUCUCCCUGACACCUGCUGAGGUAGAGCAGAGGCGUGAGCAGUUAGAGAAGUACAUGCAAGCUGUCCGGCAAGACCCAUUGCUUGGGAGCAGCGAGACCUUCAACAGCUUCCUGCGCCGGGCACAACAGGAGACACAGCAGGUACCCACAGAGGAGGUCUCCUUGGAAGUGCUGCUCAGCAGCGGGCAGAAAGUUCUGGUCAACGUGCUCACUUCAGACCAGACGGAGGAUGUCCUGGAGGCCGUGGCCGCAAAACUGGAUCUUCCGGAUGACUUGAUUGGAUACUUCAGUUUAUUCUUGGUCCGAGUAAAAGAGGAUGGAGCCUUUUCUUUUGUACGGAAGUUGCAAGAGUUUGAGCUGCCUUAUGUUUCUGUCACCAGCCUUCGGAGUCAAGAGUACAAGAUUGUGCUGAGGAAGAGUUACUGGGACUCUGCCUAUGAUGACGACGUCAUGGAGAACCGGGUUGGCCUGAACCUGCUUUAUGCUCAGACAGUAUCAGAUAUUGAGCACGGGUGGAUCUUGGUCACCAAGGAACAGCACCGGCAGCUGAAGUCUCUGCAAGAGAAGGUCUCCAAGAAGGAGUUCCUGAGGUUGGCUCAGACACUGCGGCACUACGGCUACCUGCGCUUCGAUGCCUGUGUGGCUGACUUCCCAGAGAAGGACUGCCCUGUGGUGGUGAGCGCAGGCAACAGUGAGCUCAGCCUGCAGCUCCGCCUGCCUGGCCAGCAGCUCCGGGAAGGCUCCUUCCGGGUCACCCGCAUGCGAUGCUGGCGGGUCACCUCCUCCGUGCCACUGCCCAAUGGAGGCGCAAGUAGCCCGGGCCGGGGCCGAGGCGAGGUGCGCCUGGAGCUAGCCUUUGAAUACCUCAUGAGCAAGGACCGGCUGCAGUGGGUCACCAUCACCAGCCCCCAGGCCAUCAUGAUGAGCAUCUGCCUGCAGUCCAUGGUGGACGAGCUGAUGGUGAAGAAGUCGGGCGGCAGCAUCAGGAAGAUGCUGCGCCGGCGGGUGGGGGGCCCCCUGCGACGCUCCGACAGCCAGCAGGCAGUGAAGUCCCCGCCACUGCUUGAGUCACCUGAUGCCAACCGGGAGUCUGUGGUCAAACUCUCAAGCAAGCUGAGUGCUGUGAGCUUGCGGGGAAUUGGCAGUCCCAGCACGGAUGCCAGCGCCAGUGCUGUCCACGGCAAUUUUGCCUUCGAGGGCAUUGGCGAUGAGGACCUGUAAGCCUCCACAGCCUGGAAGUCCGCCCUCUGCACUAGAGGAUUCACAGAAACUCGCCCUGUGCCUGUGACCCCAAGCCGGAGGGUCUCUUCCUUCCCCUUCCUGCCUUCCCCUUUUUCCUCUCAGCCAGGGCCUCCUAACUCCCUUCUCCUGGGCUGGCUGCACAAAAGAUCAUCCCCUCUUUCUUCAGAGCUGGCCCUUGAUGCCAAAUCAGCAUUUAGUAUUUUGCACAAAGCCCAAGGGACCAUGGCUACCUGCCUUGGGAGGAACCACAGCCCCAGGGCAGCUUCUGGCGCCACGGGCUCGGGCCCAGGGGAUGGGCAGAGGUCUGUGUAUGCCUGGACCGGCUCCCCACCAUUAAACUCAGCCUGACUGCUGCCUA